AUGAAGGAAAAGCCGGAUUCGAAAUAUUCAUCGACCCUAUUGCUCCCCAAGACUAACUUUCCGCUCCGAUCAGAGGCUGCAACACGCGAGGCUGGAUACCGGCAGCGAUGUACAACCGAUCUAUACCACUGGCAGCGUGAGAAUAAUCCAGGGGAGUUGUUUGUGCUUCACGAUGGACCUCCGUAUGCGAAUGGGCACCUGCAUCUCGGACACGCGCUCAACAAGCUGAUCAAGGACUUUAUAAAUCGCAAUCGUGUCAUGAGAGGCUUCAAAGUCGAUUACCGACCAGGAUGGGAUUGUCACGGUCUGCCCAUCGAACUCAAAGCGCUUGCAGAACUCAAGGGUCGGGACCGAUCAGCACUUUCGCCUAUGGAUAUCCGCACAGUUGCUCAGGCCUCAGCCCGUGCUGCGAUUGACAUUCAAAAGAACGAGUUCUUAUCAUACGGAAUUAUGGGCGACUUCGACAACGGAUACUUGACGAUGGACAAGGAUUUUGAAACCAGACAGCUCAAAGUCUUUUAUGAGAUGAUGAACAGGGGACUGAUCUAUCGUGCCAACAAGCCCGUGUACUGGUCCCCGUCUUCCCAGACUGCCCUGGCGGAAUCAGAACUCGAGUACAAGGACGACCACAAGAGCCGUUCCGCAUGGGUUGGCUUCGAGAUGGACAGGCCAUCUGAGGCACUGUUAAAUGUCUUGCCAAAAUCAACCUCCCUGCAGGCAGUCGUCUGGACAACCACACCCUGGACUCUACCCGCCAACCGUUGUGUUGCCGUCCACCCAAAACUCAGCUACACACUCUUCCGCACCAGCAACUCGGUCGACCAAAGUAUGAUCUACCUGGCAGCAACCGAUCGUAUGGAAGAAAUGAAGAAGCGGUUCGCCGCCUCCGCACCAGCAACCGAUGGCUCCGCAACAGCACAAGUUACCUUGGAGCCCCUUGCGCAGGUCUUGGGACAGGAUCUCGUCGGAACCACAUACAGGCAUCCCCUGACAUCCGAAUCUCUCCCUUUCAUCGCCGCGGAUUAUGUUACCGCCGACUCUGGAUCUGGAUUGGUCCAUACUGCACCAGGCCAUGGCAUGGACGAUUACAAGGCUUGCUUACCCCUGGGGAUUGAGGCUUUCUGUCCUGUUGACAAUGUUGGAAAGUUCACUCCUGAGGCAGGCAAGGAGUUGGAGGGCCUCCAAGUUCAAGCUGAGGGUACCGCCAAAGUACUUGAUAUUCUCAAGGAGAAGGGCAGUCUGAUCCAGGAACAGGCCUAUGUCCACAAAUACCCGUAUGACUGGCGCACAAAGAAGCCUGUGAUUCUACGAGCGACAUCACAGUGGUUUGCAAAUGUUGGUACUAUCAAGGAAGCGUCACUCAAGGCAACGGAGAACGUUAAGAUCGUGCCCGAGUCAGCACGUCGGCGACUGGAGGGAUUUGUGCAGUCGAGGACGGAGUGGUGCAUCUCGAGACAGAGAUCUUGGGGCGUACCAAUCCCAGUGCUCUAUGAGGUCGAGACAGACGAGCCACUGCUGACCGGAGCCUCGGUGCAGCACAUCAUUGAGACAGUCAAGGAGCAUGGUUCGGAUGCCUGGUGGACCAUGACGACUGAGGAAUUGCUUGCACCUGAGUACCGGAAUAAUGGAAAGACAUAUCGCCGUGGCUACGACACCAUGGACGUGUGGUUUGAUAGCGGCACGAGUUGGACGAUGAUCGAGGAGAAGAUGCCCCGACCGCACUUACCUUUCGUUGCGGAUGUAUACUGCGAGGGUUCGGAUCAACAUCGUGGGUGGUUCCAGUCGUCACUUCUGACUUCCGUGGCGUUGACAGGCAAGGCGCCAUUUGGAACGCUAAUUACGCAUGGAUUCUUGUUGGAUGCCAAGGGAUUCAAGCAGAGCAAGUCGCUUGGAAACACGGUCGAUCCGGCAGUAGUGAUCAGCGGAGGGAAGAACCUGCAGAAAGACCCAGCCUAUGGAACGGAUGUGCUUCGGUUGUGGGCGGCGUCGUCCGAGUAUACGAGAGACAUUGCGAUCGGAAAGACUAUCCUGACACAGGUGGCCGAGAGUAUUCGCAAGUUCAGGAACACGGCGCGGUUCAUGUUGGGCAACUUAAGUGGGUUUAAAGAGGAAGAGCAGGUAUCGUAUGACCAGCUUUCGCGGCUGGACAAAUUUAUGCUGGCGGAGGUUUACCAGUUUUCGAAGAAUGUAAAUGCAGGCUAUGAUGAAUUCAUGUUCAACAAAGUGUUCACGCAGCUCCAGUACUUUACGAGUACGACGCUCUCGUCGUUCUACCUGGAUGUCAUCAAGGAUAGCCUGUAUUCUGAUGCGGAGCGAAGUCUUCAACGCCGUGCCAUCCAGACUGUUCUCUUCCACACACUGAACGCGUUCACGCGGAGUGUCGCGCCAUUGGCCCCACAUCUCGGCGAAGAGGUCUAUGAGCAUUACCGCGAUUGCUUCGUCAGUCCACAGCCCUCGGUCUUCCUAUCUGGCUGGCUCGACGCUCCCGAAUCCUGGAACGACCUGCAGCUACGCGACGAGUUCUCGGUGCUGAAACACCUCCGCAGUGAGGCCAACCAGCUGCUGGAACAAGCACGUACGGCCAAAGUGAUCCGGUCCUCGCUUGAAGCGACCGUCGAGAUCCAGAUGAUCGAGUCAAAGACCGGCGCGGAUCAGGAACAAGAGGAAGAACAAAGGAUUUCAGGCAACAGAGGCAAUACGGACAAUCUAGGAUCGUUGUCGCAGGUGCUGGAAUCUUAUGCGGACGAUUUGAAGAAGCUGUUUAUCACGUCGGAUGUUACUAUAACGGGGUGUGGUGCUGGUAGUAGCGAUAUUGCAGAGGAGGACGGCGAGAAUGUAUUUGUGCGGGAGGUGUUGGUUCCACGGCUGGGACUGUGCAGGAUGGUGUUGCGCAAGGCGACGAUGCACAAGUGUCCUCGCUGCUGGACGUUUACGUCUCCAGAGGCGGAUACACUAUGCCCGCGGUGUGAGCCUGUGGUUUCAGCGCUGCAAAAGUAA